AUGGCGGAUAUGCGUCGAAAGUUUGCCAUGAAGCGGAAGCUGGACCGACUGGAACAAGCGGAAGAUACCUUGCUACACAUCAUCGGUGCCCUCCGAGGGAGUGAAAACACACGCAUCGCACAACUAUUGAACCUGAUCCGGAGCAAUGCCUCCUUUGAUGAGAUUGCACUUUUCUUGGAGCAACAAUUCUCUCGCGCCGAGAUCGAACGAUCCCCCGAGCUACGUGAGUUUCGGAGCCAGCUCUCCCGACCUUCCGAUGAAGACGACGACGACGGGAACGAGGGCAAUGCACCUCGGAUUCCCCGGCGUAUGCUCGAGGUGCGCCGCCUCGCCGAUAUCCCCGUGUACAAGGUUCCCGCCAAGCCCUGGACGACGGUCACGGACGAUGACGAUCUGGUGUCACACCUGGUGUCCUUGUGGCUCACAUGGACUUACCCGUGGUUUGACUGGCUAGAUAAGGAUGUCUUCAUUCGCGAUAUGCAGGCGGGGGAUUUGAACUGUCGGUUCUGCUCGCCAUUUCUCGUGAAUGCCAUUCUUUCGGAGGCGAGUUAUUAUUCCGACUACGCCGAAGUCUUUACCGUCCCCGGCGAUAUGUUCUCUCGUGGCAACCACUUCUACGAAGAGGCCCGCCGAUUGCUCGAAGCAGAGGACGAGGAAGCUCCAAGCGGUAUACCGACUAUACAAGGCCUUCUGGUGCUAUUCAUACGGCUUGUUUUGAUGGGUAAAGACCGCGUGGGAUGGGUGUAUAUGGACCUCGCCAUGCGAGCCGCGAAGGAGUAUGCGUCUUCGCACCCGCCUCUUCCUAUCGACACGGAAUCGGCGCGACAGAUCGAGAACGUGGUCAACCGGACAUUGUGGGGAGCUUACAACAUGGCUUCGACGGCCGCGGUGUCCUUGAUGAAACACAUAGAUAUCACACCCCCUGCGCGACCGCGCGUGCCUAUCAACCAUGACGAUCGCCUCGAUGUAUGGUCUCCCUAUCCUCAGCUGGUCGAAUCGGUGCGGGGUCACCAUAAUUGCGUAUUCGACCGCUGGUGUGACUUCUCUUCUAUCACGCUCCGAAUCAGCAGGGCUCUCCAUGACCCGGAUAACAGUUUGCCGCAAUGCGAGAUCCCGGCCGUUAUCAAUGACAUAUACCAGCAGCUUCAGGGUUGGUACGCGAACUUACCGGAAUGUCUACGCCUGGAAAAUGCCGAGGUACCACAUGUUUUAAGCCUACACCUGUUCUACCACACAAAUGUCAUGCAAAUCUUUGGAUUCCUCCAAUCCAACAGCGGCGACUUCAUCGCCCCGGAGACUGCGAAGAACGCUCGGGACCUCUGCCUUUCGACGGCGAGACAUAUAGCUCAGAUCCUCAAUAUGCACCGUGAGAAAUGGGGCAUCGACCGGGUGGCCCCCUCGACCGUCCAAUGGACCAGUAUCGGCCUCUUCACUCUUCUGGAAGCCCUCGACUCACUUGAAAAUCGCAAGGCUUUCACUGAACUGUGCAUUUUUGCCCGGGCGAUGUCCCGACGCUUCGGUCUCGCCAAGGGCAUUCUUCGCAUGAUCCAGGUAACCGCACAGCAGGCGGAGGUAUCCCUUCCGCCAGAAACAGACGCCCUCUUCCUGGACUUUGAAAAACAGACGUGGCGCAACCAUGAUUCCCAGUCGUUUAGUAGCUUCUACCCCCAUUUUUCGACAGUAAUCCGACAGGGAAAGGCUCGACAAUCUGAUGCGAGUAUGGAUCGGUUUCUGGAGAAAUGGGAUAAUCUUGAUAUCAGCGACGGACCGCCCAGGAAGAAGGAAGGGUGA